AAGAACCCCCUUGGCCGAUGGGGAGAGGAAGUGCGGCCAGAAGAAACUUCGCUCAGAGUUGUUCGCUCCUGUUUGCCGUUCUAGACCAAGUAACCAUGGAGACCACUGUGGCGAGACCCCUGCUCGCGGUGACCAUGGUCUUGCUCCUCGCCAUGCCCACCGCGAGUGGCGGCACCAUCACCAUGUCGUUCGCCUCGGAGGAGGUCGCGUCGGAGGAGGCCCUCCUCUCUCUGUACGAGCGGUGGGCGCAGCACUUCGGGAAGGCUCUCCCAAGUGGAGGAGCACGCGGCAGCACCCGCUUCGCCGUCUUCGCGCAGAGUGUCCGGCUCGCGCACCAGCGCGGCCCGGGCAAACUGAAGCUCAACGAGUUCGCUGACACCGCCCUGAGCAACGACUACAGCAUCCGCUGCUACAUUCCGCUGGCGCGAACCCACCGGCGAACACACUGUGGAAGCUGCUGGGCUUUUGCAACCGCAUCGGCCAUUGAGAGCCUUUACAAGAUCGAACACGGGGACCUGAUCCCGCUGUCGCCCCAGCAGCUCGUCGACUGCGACGGCAGCAAUGGGCACUGUGGAGGCGGCACCCCAGCCAAGGCAUUCCAAACCAUUAAGCUUGGUGGCAUCUCGCGAUGGGCAGACUAUCCGUACAAAGGCGUUAAGGGCUGGUGCUACCCGGCCCGCAAGGGCGUGGGCAUCAGGGGCUGGGAGCGUGUGGAGCCGCGGAACGAGUGGGCGCUCAUGUGGGCAGUGUUCAAACAUCCCGUCACCGUAGGGGUCGACGCCAACAGCACGGCCUUCAUACAUUACCGCGGCAGCCUCUUCGACGGGCCCUGCAACACCACUCUCGGGCAUGCCAUGACCGUCGUCGGCUACGGCACUACCGGGCACAAUGACCAUUACGGUGAGCCAGCGGGAGUCGACUUUUGGCUCCUCAAAAAUUCCUGGUCGACGGCGUGGGGCGAAGCCGGCUAUAUGCGGCUCCGGCGCGGCGCCGAGGCCAAGGGUGGGGUCUGCGGGGUAAUGCUCGAGGCGACUUAUCCGGUCCGUUCCUAUAGGCUAUUUUAAUUAGAGGAACAAUGUGCCUAUAUAUGAGCUUUAACCAGUAGUUAGUGAUGAAAUGGAAUAAAUUAAAGCAAGCCAGUGGUUGGCUGUAAACAGGGACAGAAUAUAAGUUGGUAGUAAGAGAUUCGAGCCGCCGACUGACCGGAUCCCAUGAGAUCAUGCGCUGCUCUAUCCUUGUUUUUUUUUUGCCUUCAUUGUUCUCUUCUCCA